UUGAGGCUAUGUUAUUGUUUUGACGUUUCCAAUCCAAAAUAGCAAAUGCCGUAAAUAGUGAUUUAUUUAUGAUUGGUGACGCAAUUAUUUUUUAUUGAAAACUAUUUCCUGCAAAAGAUUUCAACUGGAAAGCAAUGGGGUUGUUUGGAAAAUCGCAGCAGCGGAAUCCAAAAGACCUGGUCACGGAAUGGAAUCACAAGUUGAGGAAAGAAGGGUACCAACUGGACCGCCAAAUCAAUUCAAUAAAAAGAGAAGAAGAAAAAGUUAAACGUUCUCUAAAAGAAGCUGCUAAAAAGGGCGAUAAAGACACUUGCACGAUUUUGGCAAAAGAAAUACUAAGAGCUAGAAAAGCUGUUAAUAAAAUAUAUACAUCAAAGGCUCAUAUUAAUUCUGUAAUGUUGCAAAUGAAAAAUCAGCUAGCAACUUUAAGAGUAGCUGGCUCCUUACAAAAAUCAACCGAAGUAAUGCAAGCAAUGCAGUCUCUUAUUCGCGUGCCUGAUGUGGCUCAUACAAUGCAAGAAAUGUCAAAAGAAAUGAUGAAGGCAGGUAUAAUUGAAGAAAUGCUUGAUGAAACCUUUGACGAUAUGGAAAAUACUGAGGAAGAGGAAGAAGCGGCGCAACAGGAAAUUGAUAAAGUACUAUUUGAAAUCACUGAAGGGAAAAUUGGAGAAGCUCCAUUGCCACCUUCAGAGCCCACAGAGAAAGUUAGGGAGAGUGAUAAUCCUGGCCUAGACAGUGAAGAAGAUGAAACGGAGCUUGAAGAAAUGCAAAGUAGAUUAGCAGCUUUAAAAUCAUAAGUGUAUUAAGAAGCAUUUAGAAACACACUGGCAAAAGGAUCACCAAGGAGGCUUAAAAAGAACUUAAAUUGUGAAUAUGUGAUAAAAUUUCUUUCCUAGUACUCUAAAUGACUUGUUUUGACAUAUUCCAUUAAAAUAAGCUUUUCUUAACAAUUGCUUUGAAAAAUAAUAUUUAUAUCUCGUAGCUAUGCACUUACCAAUAAUGUCUCCAUAUUUUGAAUACAAAUUUGUUAAUAAGUAUUUUUUGUUACCCAGACCUCUCUCUAAAGCGGCCUGAAGUGGAAAAUCAUUUGUUAUAAUAAUUCUAUCAACCAAUGUCUUUGGUUCAAAAUUUGAAGGCAGUAGAUCACUUAAUUCAGGCUUAUCCCUUGUUAUACAUUUCCAAAUUAUAAA